ACUUGUACUGACAUGUUGCUUCCAUACCGUUACGGUACGGCUACGCCCAGAAAAAAAAAUCAAGAUUACUUUCACUUUACAUCAGUAGUUGACUAACUUGAUACUUUCCCUUUCCCAAGUCCAGGUCCAGGUCAACGUUCUUGUGAGUUGUGAUUAUCCCUGACGUGGUGUUUUAAUUCAUGUGCACAUAAUAGGUGGUUUUUGUGUCAUGAAUUUAUUUCCUUACAUGAGAACCAAACAGUUCAUUUUGCAGAGCCCAAAGGAAGAACCUCCUCUGGCCAAACAAUGUCCCCUUAUAUUAUCCCUCUGUGCCUGAUUCUCUUCAUCAUCAAAGCUAGUCAUUCCAUGGGAGCUCAGAUCAAUGAGACAACCAUUCCUCAAGGUUCUGAAAUCAACACAGCUGGCCCCCAAAGUUGGGUCUCCCCCUCAGGGCGCUUUGCGUUUGGCUUCUAUCCCGAAGGGGAGGGAUUCUCCAUUGGUGUGUGGCUUGUCACUGAUCCAUCCAGGUUCAUCUUGUGGACAGCCUUCAGAAAUGAUCCCCCGGUUUCUGGUGGUUCAAUUCUGUUAACCGCUGGUGGUUCACUUCAAUGGAUUCCACCUAAUCAAGGAUUCCAAGGGAAGGUAAUAUCUGCCGCCCCUACUUCGGCUACUUCUGCUGCUAUCUUGGACACCGGCAACUUUGUGUUAUAUGACGCCAAAAAUCAGGUCAUAUGGUCUACCUUUGGUACUCCGACGGACACCCUGUUACCAGGGCAGAACUUGCCUCCUGGCAAUCAGCUGUUCUCAAGUGUCUCUAACACCAACCAUGCCACAGGAAAGUAUCGCCUUUCCAACCAGCCAGAUGGCAACCUUGUGAUGUAUCCGAUAGGCGCGAUAGAUCCUGAUAGUGCAUACUGGAAUACUGGUACUUAUGCACAAAACUUUCUUCUCACUCUUACACUGGAUCCCAACGGCACCCUAUGGCUGUUCGACCGAAAUAGUCCAUAUAGAAUGGUGUUGUUUCUGACUAAUCAGUCAUUGAGUGCCUCCCCAGAUUCAGAGAGUUACUACCAUCUGACAUUGGAUGCUGAUGGCAUACUGCGACUCUACUCGCAUGUGUUUUUCAAGCAAGGAGGAGCGCCCAAAACAAAGGUCGAAUGGUUGGUGCCACCGAGCAAUGAUCGCUGCAGUGUGAAAGGUGUUUGUGGUCCAAAUAGCUUCUGCCAAGUAACUAGUAGUGGAGAAACCAGCUGUUCCUGCCUUCCAGGGUUUGAAUUCUUAAGUGCUAACCAAAGCACUCAAGGUUGCUGGAGGGCACAGACUGGUGGUUGCACCGGGAAUAGCCCUAAUGGUGACAUCGGACUGGUAGCCACAAUGGUCACGGUGAAGAACACUAGUUGGUCAGAUAGGUCAUACAACGUCCCACCUCAAUCACCAACCAUUGAAGAGUGUAAAGCAAUUUGCAUGUCUGACUGCGCCUGCGAGAUUGCCAUGUUUGACUCCUACUGCUCAAAACAGAUGCUUCCUAUAAGGUAUGGCAAGAGGGUUCCUGGUAGCAACACCACGCUAUUUGUGAAGGUCUACUCCUAUGAACCAAAAAGGACUGCAAGUGCAACUUCAAUUGCCAUGUUGACAUCUGGCGCUGCCCUCGGCAUGCUCUCACUUGUACUGCUCUCGGUGUCUGUAAUGCUAUGCAAGCGCCGGCCAUUUUUGAGGUACACACGUGCUCCACAACAUCAUGAAACUGAAUUUGAUGAGGAGAGCAUUGGAAUCCGACCAUACUCUUUCCAUGAUCUAGAGCUGUCAACAGAUGGCUUUGCUGAAGAGCUAGGAAGGGGUGCAUAUGGCACAGUGUUCAAAGGUGUUCUAACAAAUAGUGGGAACAAGGGCAUUGCAGUGAAGAGGCUUGAGAGGAUGGCAGAAGAUGGGGAGCGAGAGUUCCAACGGGAAGUGCGUGCGAUCGCACGAACACACCAUAGGAACCUGGUGCGUUUGUUCGGGUUCUGCAACGAAGGUGCGCAUCGCCUUCUUGUCUAUGAGUACAUGCCAAAUGGCUCCCUUGCCAAUCUUCUCUUCAAGCGCGAUGCAACACUACCUAACUGGAGCAACAGAAUUGCGAUUGCGCUGGAUGUGGCUAGGGGGUUACAAUACCUGCAUGAGGAGAUAGAGGUGCCUAUAAUUCACUGCGACAUCAAGCCAGAGAACAUACUGAUUGACAGCUCAGGAAUGGCAAAGAUCGCAGAUUUUGGCCUGGCAAAGCUGCUGAUAGGGAACCAAACCAAGACCUUCACCGGUGUCCGGGGCACGCGUGGCUAUCUCGCACCAGAGUGGAGCAAGAACACAGCGAUCACUGUGAAGGUAGACAUCUACAGCUUUGGCGUGAUGCUUCUGGAGAUCAUAAGCUGCAGGAAGAGCAUGGCACUUAAGUUGGCCGGCGAGGAGUGCAACAUCUCUGAGUGGGCCUACGAGUACAUGUUCUCAGGUGAAAUGAAAGAAGUGGCAGCCGGCAAAGGUGUCGACGAGGUUGAGCUGGAGCGGAUGGUGAAGAUCGGCAUUUGGUGCACUCAAAAUGAGCCAGUGACACGGCCUGUGAUGAAGAGUGUCGUUCAGAUGAUGGAAGGAAGUGUGAAAGUUCAGCGUCCUCCACCACCAGCAUCAUUUUCACAGUCACUACGCUGAAAUCAUCCAGAGUAUUUCAUGUCCUAUACUCCUAUUGUCUUAAGUCAGAAGGCAAAGGAUGACAAAUCAUCUAGAGUAUGAUCGAAAUUGUGCGUCUUACGGCAAAACUGCUAGCAGUAAGGGCAUAUCAAAACAUCAAUGUAUCUCCUCUGCUACCUAUCUUAAUGUCUAGUUGGGUGUUUAUUGUAAGAUUCUUUCAAGAAAUUAAACUUCUCUCGGCUAAAUACACUGUUUUUGGAGUAUUA